CUUGAAUGCAGCACAACUUCCCGUCAGCUGAUUUCGUUCAGCCCAGCAAAAAUCACGUGACCGUUGGUAACACGUGACAGUCCAGACGCAGAAAGUUCCGUCAUGGCUUCAAUUGCACAACCCAUCUACUGGCUGGGUAAUGACACCCUGAGGGUGUCUGCUGCCCUUUUUCUUGAGAAUCGUCAAAGAUUGUGCCAGGGGUUGAAAGCUAAAGAUGGUUUAGAGCCAAAAUCAGUGGUGUUGCUGCAAGGUGGAGAGCAAAGUCAGAGGUACUGCACGGACACUGAUGUCCUCUUCAGGCAGGAGUCUUUCUUCCACUGGGCCUUUGGGGUGACAGAGGCUGACUGUUUUGGAGCCAUUGAUGUGGACACUGAGAAAUCCAUUCUUUUUGUUCCUAAACUGCCUGAAAGCUAUGGUACUUGGAUGGGGGAGAUCUUUCCUAAAGAGCACUUCAAGGAGAAGUAUGCUGUUGAUGAAGUGCAGUACACCUGUGAUAUUGCUGACGUCCUGACCAACAUGAAGCCAUCAGUUCUGCUGACACUGCGAGGACAGAACACUGAUAGUGGGAGCAUCUGCCGCGAAGCCUCCUUUGAAGGAAUUAGUAGCUUCCAAGUGAACAACACUCUUUUACACCCAGUCAUUGUGGAAUGUCGUCUCCUUAAGACUGAUAUGGAACUGGAGGUCCUGCGCUACACCAACAGGAUUUCCAGUGACGCUCACAAAAUCGUGAUGAAAAAUGCCAAACCUGGAAAGAAAGAAUAUGAAAUGGAGAGUCUGUUCCAACACUACUGCUACUCCAAAGGCGGGAUGCGCCACACCUCAUACACCUGCAUCUGUGGAACGGGCAAUAAUUCCUCCGUCCUCCACUAUGGUCAUGCUGGGGCUCCGAAUGACAAGACAAUUGAAGAUGGAGACAUGUGUUUGUUUGACAUGGGUGGAGAGUACUACUGCUACUCGUCAGAUAUAACCUGCUCCUUCCCGGCCAAUGGAAAGUUCACUGCAGACCAGAGGGCCAUCUAUGAGGCAGUUCUAAAAUCCUCACGCAGCGUCAUGGCUGCCCUCAAACCAGGUGUGAAAUGGACUGACAUGCAUCGUCUGGCUGACCGAGUUCACCUGGAGGAACUUGUGAAGAUUGGCAUCCUGCAUGGUAAUGUUGAGGACAUGCUGAAGGUCCACCUGGGUUCUGUCUUCAUGCCACAUGGCCUGGGACACCUGCUGGGCAUUGAUGUGCACGACGUGGGAGGUUACCCAGAGGGGGUUGAGCGCAUUGAUGAGCCUGGGCUGAGGAGUCUGCGUAUGGGUCGCCUGGUGCAGGAGAGGAUGGUCCUAACUGUAGAGCCUGGGAUAUAUUUCAUAAACCACCUGCUGGACAAGGCCCUGGCUGACCCUGCUCAAAGCUGCUUCAUCAACAACCAAGUGCUGGCUCGCUUCAGAGGCUUUGGAGGGGUUCGCAUUGAGGAUGACAUUGCAGUGACAGCCGAUGGGAUGGAGCUGCUAACCUGCGUGCCUCGCACAGUGGAGGAGAUUGAAGCUUUCAUGGCAGACUCUGGCAAAACUUUCGACCCCGUAGGUGGUGCUGAGUAACCCUGAAUAUGAAACAGAAUAUCAUGCAUUUUGCUAAAGUCUGAGCUGUAUACUAAUAUCAUGCAUUUUGCUAAAGUCUGAGCUGUAUACUGUCUUAAAUUACCUAUCAUGGGGUGGCGCUGGUGGUGUAGGGGCGAAAGCGCGCGACCAUAUACAGAGGCUACAGUACCUCGAAUGGUGGCUGUCCCGGGUUCGAGUCCUGGACCUGGUGACAUUUACCAAAUGUCUCCCCCUCUCUCUACCCCUCUUUCCUGUCUACCUACUGUCAAAAAAUGGAAAAAUAAAGGCCACUAGUGCCGAAAAAAUAUCUUUAAAUCACCUAUCACGUUCUUUGGUAAAAGGCAUACAAUGAAGAGUAUUAUUUCAAGAGGAUUCACACAACUCCUCAUCUUAGAUCCUCAUGAAGGUUUUUAUAGUGAUUUGAAGGUUUUUAUAAAAAAUAAGCAGCACUCCCUUUAACAGAAACCAAUGGGUAAGACAGGGAUUUUAUCAACCAUUCUGACAUUUUUGUGAUUUUAUAAAACUGCUUAUUUCUUUUUCAUUUUCUACUCUAACAAAAUGCAACGAAAAUAAAGAUUUAAGCUUGCAAGUAAGUGAAA